AUUUGUAUUUUUAAUUUAAUUUAGUUUAGUUAAGUUUAGUUUCACAGACAUUACAAUAAAGUAUUACAAAGUUAUAUAAGACAUAUUAAUUGUGCAGGAAAGGAAGAAAGCCCAGAGGGUAAAGAGCAAAGCCCUCCCAUUCAUUUCAACUAAAACCACAUAAAGCAAUACAACAUCGAAUACACACACCGGACAGAAAAGACUGUUUUAAGCCAGUUUCUCUCUGAUUUCAUGAGUAAUUUCCACCACUGCACUUAAAAUAUCACAUUUAUCAUUAUAAUUUAUUAAACUAUCAUCUGCCAUCCAUCCACUUUCUACUUCUCAUUCCUUUAGAGGAGCAGGGGGCAGCAGUCAGGAGGGCUGCCCCCCCCCCCCAGGUCCUCCAGGGGGGAUUCUGAGGACUUCCCAAAGCAGCUGAGAGACAUAAUCUCACCAGCGUCACCUGGGUUUUCCCCAGGGUCAAACACCUCACCAGAGUUACAGCGUAAAUGCAGGUAUUGAACACAGGAUUUAUGUGAUAACCCGGGCCAGUCAGUCCAACAGUGAACAUGUUUAAAGAAAUAAAAUUAGGAACUGGAUCAAGUCCGUGACAACCUCUCACAGAGUCUCGCUGGAGCCAGUGAAGACUAAAUUCACAGACAGAAACGGAAGUGAAAGUAAGAGCGAAGUGUUUCCUAGUUCACAGAGAUCAGAUCGAGGUGGUCUGUGAGAAACAUGAGCUCCUCAGACCUUAACCCCGUCUUACUGAAGAUCUCAGACCAGCUGUCCUCCGAGAACCUGGACAACAUGAAGUUCCUGUGUCGAGACAUGAUCGGGAAAAAGGACCUGGAGAAGGUAACCACCGGGUCCAAGCUCUUCCUGCUCCUGAUGGAGAGAGGCAAACUGGGGCCCGACAACACCGAGUGUCUGUCCAAGCUGCUCACGGACAUUGAGCGAAAAGACCUGUCAGACAAGUUACAGGGUUUAGAAGGAGAAUCCGGAGACCGCCGAGACCAGCCGGACGACACCGAGAGAGCAAAACUGGACAUCGCCACAGAGGUGAUUGCAGAAAAUCUGGGACGGUCGUGGCGUAAGCUCGGCCGCAAACUGGGUUUGAAAGAGAUCAAGCUGGAGUCCAUCAACAGGAGGCAUCCCACAGACCUGGAGGAGACGGCGGUGGAGCUGCUGAAGGAGUGGAGGAAGAGUCAAGGAGCCGGGGCUCGAGUGGAGCAGCUGAUAGAAGCUCUCAGACUCUGUCAGUUCAACCUGACUGCUGAUAAAGUGGAGGACAAACUGAAGAAGAUCCAUAGAUCAGAUGAGACUGAGAUUAACUCUGAAUGAAAAUCAACUAUCCAAAAAGAACAUUUAUGAAAUUAUGCAAAAAAAGAAUCAUGUUUGUUGAGGUGAAUAAAAUGACUUACUGAAUGUGAUCAAAUAUGAAGCAGAGAAGGUGACAGUGUGUAAAGACAGUGAUUACAGCUUGGUUUAGUGUCAGCUCUUUUUUUUUUUUUUAUCUGAGGAUCAAAACAAAGAUUUAUCAAAUAAAC